AUGUGGCUAGGGAACGAGCCGUCCAACAGGAGGACUAGGCUCACCAGCACACACAGCAGAAUCCUCAAUACUGGGGCGCCUACCCUGUUAAGGGUCUACAAAACACCCCUUCAAAGGUGCUCGGGUUCCGAUCAUAUCCAAGUAUCCAUAUCCACUGUUUCCAAGUAUCAGUAUCCAAAGAGAGGUACAUAUGACAGUGCACAUCAUGUAUCGGGGAAAACAAUCCAACAUGGGGAUUGUUUGGCUGAACCACACGGAGGAAUCCUCAACAACCAUGUGGCCAGGGACAAGCCGUCCAACCGGGGAACUGGGCUCACUAGCACGCACAGCAAAAUCCUCAAUACUCGUGCAUCUGUGACAACUCCUACUCGCGCAGACUACCCGCUAAAGGUCUAUAGUAACACCCCGUCAAGGGUGCCCAGAUUCUGA